GGGAGACUUAUUUUCAGCAGCUUAAUCCACAUUUGGCAUUUAAGUGAGCAUAUUUGGGACAGCAGGACUGUGUGAGAGACACGCAGUAAAAAAUAAAUGGCAAUGUGUGUUCAUGUUAAUGAAGAAACAUGUCACCCAGGGCAACAGUGCAGCUCAUUGAUGCGUUUUUAAUAGUUUCUGGAUGGAGCUCUAUGGCUUGGUUGAAGGUGAUUCAUCAGGAUUUGAAAUGAUGGUUUAGGGCUUUAACAUUUUUUUUCUUUCAAAGAGACACAAAGCAAGUGAAUAUUUCUCCAAAGUUUCCUGGUGCAACUUUCAUGUAGAUUAAUCUACUCAGCUUUCGGCCUUUUAGUUUUCAGAUCUCUCUUUCUUCGUAUACAACCAAUAGCCUUGAUUUUAGGAAUAAUGGAAAAAAGAUGGAACAAUGUCAGCUUGAAUUAUUAUGUAUGCAGGUUUGAUGCAAUAACCUUGUACCUACAUGUGAUGUGUAACUAACUAUGACUAUCCAAUAAUGUUGUCCAAACAGAAAGGCAGAAUGACUGACGUUCAUCGAGUUGAUGAAUGCAAUAUUGUUCCUGUUGUCCAUUCAACAUAUCCUGCUGCGUACCGAAAUUAAAAAAGAUGGCACCGAGAUGCGUGGGUGUGCUGAAUGAGUCACAAACAGAGGUGCAGAGUUUGUCAUUUUAGGCAUGUUUUAUACAAUUCCCAAAGCCACAGGAUGCUUCAAGCCCCCAUUCCAAUCCACAAGAAGAAUGGUGUUUUGCAAAUCAUCAAAACAGGUUCCAGUAUUUUUUUUAAAAAGAAGAGAAAAAAUGAAUAAUUUCCAGAUCUCUGCCCUCUUUCUCCCACAGUGCCUCAGCUGGGCCCAGAACAAUGGGCAGCUGGCUCCUCGAGACGGAUGGGCUGCGGCCGAGAGGCGGCAAUUCUGCCAGUGGCCCUGCAAGUGUCGGCAGAGACCCACUUGCACCCCGGGGGUGAGCUCCGUUCUGGACGGCUGCGGCUGCUGCAAGAGCUGCGCGAGGCAGAUCAAAGAGCCGUGCAACGAGAAGGACGUCUGCGACCCGCACAAGAGCAUGUACUGCGACUUCUCGGCUGACCGGCCCAGAUACGAGGUCGGCGUGUGUGCAUACCUGAUGGCAGUGGGUUGCGACCUGAAUGGGGCCCACUAUGAGAACGGAGAGGGUUUCCAGCCCAGCCCCCUCUAUAAGUGCACGUGCAUUGCUGGAGCCAUCGGCUGCACCCCCGCUUUCAUCCAGAAGCCGGCUGCUCUGUUGGGCCCGGCCCCGCUGAUGGGCAGCAUGCCAAAGAAGCACCAGCAGGACACAACCUACAUGUCAGCUUACAGGGAUCCUCCUUUAGCCUGGAAGAAGAACUGUCUGAUCCAGACCACCCCCUGGAGCCCCUGCUCCAAAACCUGCGGCCUGGGCAUCUCUGUGCGAGUCAACAACGACAACGGCAAGUGCGAGAUGAGGAAGGACCGACGCCUGUGUCUGCUGCGGCCGUGUGAGAAGAGCGUGAUGAGGAACGUCAAGGUGCCAAAGGGAAAGACAUGCCGGCCUAAAUUCCAAGCAAAGAAAGCGGAGAAGCUGACGCUCUCGGGCUGCACCAGCACCAAGAAGUUCAAGCCCACGUACUGCGGCGUCUGUACGGACAAGCGCUGCUGUGUCCCCAACAAGUCGAGCAUGAUCAAGGUCAACUUCGCGUGCAAGGGGGGCUCCAACACGCAGUGGAAGAUGCAGUGGAUCACGUCCUGCGUGUGCCAGAGGAAGUGCAACGACCCCGGCGACAUGUUUUCUGACCUGCGGUUACUCUAAUGGAUCCAAGCAGGAUGCGAUACCUGCUGUGGCCCAUAAUGGCAGACACAUAAGCAUCCUCUGCUCAUUCAGUUCUCCUCAGCGGCGUCCACGCGCCUCCAGAAGUCUCACAGAGAAGACUGAAAACUACAAAACCUGCUUUCAUAAGGACAAGUGGCCGGGCUCAUUGAAUAAAAGGAAGAUUUCUCGUUAUGAUAAAAGCUUUCAUGAACCCGGUUUUCAGGACAUGCUUGUGCAAUAACACCAAGGACUAUGGUCAUGUAACAGCAGAUGUUGACACGUUAACAGAACCGAUUAACACUAGUCAGGGAGCCAAGAAAUGGCAAAUCAGGUCACAGGACAGAUCGAGUUGUUGUUCCUGCUUCCCCCCCUCCCCCCAUCCCCUCAACAUUUCAAUUGGGUUAUAAAUUAGACAAUGUUGAUAGAUAACUUAUAAAAAGGUAUAUACAAAAGAGUUGGUUGUGUGAAGUCCUUAUUAAAAACAUAAUCUCUGCCUUAGAAGGAGAGAGAUAAAGAUUUACAACAGA